AUGGCGAUGAAGCGUGUUGCUGCCUCUGCAGUUCGUGCAAUUACUUCUUCGGGCACUUCUUCACAAGCCAGGCACCUUCAUGCUGCACCAGGCAGCAAGAAGAUUGUGGGUGUGUUCUAUAAGGCGAACGAGUAUGCCUCGAUGAAUCCAAACUUUCUAGGCUGUGCCGAGAAUGCAUUAGGCAUUCGCGAGUGGUUGGAAUCUCAAGGACACAAGUACAUUGUUACUCCAGACAAAGAUGGACCAGAUUCCGAGCUCGAGAAACACAUACCCGACCUCCACGUGCUGAUAACGACCCCUUUCCACCCAGCCUACGUGACGGCCGAACGCAUCAAAAGGGCUAAAAACCUGCAACUUCUUCUGACUGCUGGAAUCGGCUCCGACCACAUAGACCUGCCGGCGGCAGCUGCCGCCGGAAUCACGGUGGCAGAGGUCACCGGCAGCAAUGUCGUCUCGGUGGCUGAAGACGAGCUCAUGAGAAUCCUUAUACUCGUCCGCAAUUUCUUGCCAGGUCAUCAUCAGGUCAUAUCCGGUGACUGGAAUGUGGCAGCCAUUGCUUAUCGGGCGUACGAUCUCGAAGGUAAGACCGUGGGCACAGUUGGAGCUGGGAGAAUUGGCCGGCUUUUGCUUCAGAGGCUGAAGCCCUUCAACUGUAACUUGUUGUACCAUGAUCGCGUAAAGAUGGAUGCUGAGCUAGAGGGUCAGAUCGGGGCCCGGUUUGAGGAGGAUCUUGAUAAGAUGCUUCCAAUGUGUGACAUAAUUGUGAUCAACACGCCUCUGACUGAGAAAACUAAAGGGAUGUUUGACAAAGAAAGGAUUGCUAAGCUGAAAAAGGGAGUUCUGAUUGUGAACAAUGCUAGAGGAGCAAUCAUGGACACACAAGCAGUGGUUGAUGCUUGUUCCAGUGGGCAUAUUGCUGGUUACAGUGGAGAUGUUUGGUACCCACAGCCAGCCCCAAAGGACCACCCGUGGCGUUACAUGCCGAACCAAGCUAUGACUCCACAUAUCUCUGGUACAACCAUCGAUGCACAGUUGCGUUAUGCGGCUGGAACUAAGGACAUGCUGGAUAGGUACUUCAAGGGCCAGGAUUUUCCACCGCAGAAUUACAUUGUCAAGGAUGGAGAGCUUGCUAGCCAGUAUCGUUAA